AUGAGCCAAUCGCCACGGGGCCAUCCUGCGGAAGCAGCCCGGUCUCAGAAUGGGCAGACGAGUCAGGGCUCGAGCCUUCCAGCGAGUCAGCUUCCCUGGCACCAGAUACCGAGUUUUGACCCGCAGUCGACAGAUAUCCAGGUGUAUGCCCGGAAACUUCAGUUUCUUCGAAGCAUCUGGCCGACAGAACAUCUGUCCCAGCUGGCUCCUCGGGCAGCCUUACAAGUUGAAGGAGUGGCUUUCCAGAAAGUGGCAAGGUUGGAUGGUCAACGUCUUCGCAGUGAAGAUGGGGUACAAUUCCUUGUUGAGGCCCUUGGAGAGCAGUGGGGAAAGUUGGCCAGCGAAGAGAAGCUGGCACUCUUCGAAAAGGCCUUUUACCAGACCAUUCAGAAGGCCGAUGAAUCAAAUGAUUCAUACUUAGCACGUCAUGAUGUGGCCUUCGAGGACUUAAUGGCUCAGAAGGUCACCAUGGAGGAGGUCAGAGCCUACAUCCUUCUGCGUCAAUCGCAGCUUCCUGGUGAUGACAGGAAACGCAUCAUCAUGGAAUCCAAGGGUGAGCUGGGCUAUGAUGAAGCUCGUCGAGCUCUACGACUCCUGGGUGCGCGCUUCUUCCAGGACUUGCAAGGGGUUCCAAAGAAUGCCAAGAACAAGACCUGCGACAUCAACACCACUGAGAACACUUCUGAAGAAGCAGACAUGAUGAUAGGUGAAACUGAGGUGUAUGAUGAGGAAGUGGCUUUUCAAGCCACGUACGAGAACGGCGAUGAGGAUGCAAUCUUCGUCAAUGACUUCGAAGAAUCUCUGAUAGAGACAGUGCAGGAGUCCCCAGAGUUGGCAUCCUGCUUCACAACGUACUUGGAGGCCCGAACCCGCUUGAAAGAACGAGCACGAGGGCGAGGAUUCUGGCCAAUGCAACCAGGUGGCGUCAAGGGUCGUGGAAAAAAGGGGAAAAGUGGAAAAGGGAAGACCAAAUCCCUUGCCGAUCGGAUCGCAUCUUCGGCAUGCAGACGGUGUGGACAAUAUGGACACUGGAAGAGGGAAUGCCCAUUGGGGCAAAGUCGCAUGGAGGCAAAGCCCAAGGCCGAGACGAUCUCCAUUGCCGAAGCUCUCCAUCUUCAAGAGGAUGACACCACCAAUGCCAUGAACCAGGAUGCCGAGCUGAUCUACGAGUUGCCAGAGGCGCACAGUGACCUAGCUCUGCAACAAUGCUGUAGGAAACAUGGGCGUUUGAUGUCCCGAUCUCCGGUGGAUGCAGCGUUGACCACGACAGCUCCGGAGAUAACCAUCUCAGCUGAGCCGGAUUCCAAUUUUCCUGAACAUGCCUUCACUCUGAGUGAAGAAUGUGCCGGCGAGGCGGUGAUAGACACCGGGGCUAGUAGGGACACCUUCACCAACCAGAGCAGUAUGUUGUACCUGGAACAGAGUCUCUCAGGAGACGAAGAUCCGGGUCUCCAGAUGCAGAAGACCUACAUGACAUCACCGAGCCAGAACUACAAUGUUCCUCCGGGGAUUCGGAACCUCCAGCAAUGGGGAAGCCUUGUCAUUCCCUCAGGCAAGAACCAGGGCAAGAGCUUCAGCCAAGUGUUCGAGAUGGACAAAAACUAUGUCUAUCAGAUCAGAAAUCGAAGGGCAGUCUCGUCCUGGCUUCGCAGCUUUCAGAACUACAUGAUUGCCCGGGAGAAGUACGAGAUGAAGAACCAGGCACCUGUGCCACCGGUGACAGCCAACUAUGUCACCUCGACAGCACUGCCCAAAGGAAAAGCGCUACCGAAAGCAGCCCCGAAGCUGGAAAAGACGGAAGACUGGCAGGUGAUUUCCGAUGUCGAGAUCAUGAAGAAGGAGAAGAACAAGCGUCCCAACGAACCGAGCACGAUGGCCAACAGCUCGAUGAUGCCGACAGACCCCAACCCCGAGAGAGUGAGAAUGCUGCAAACGCAGAUCGCAGUGCUCCAAAGAGAGCUUGCACGCGAGACUCAGGUUCCAACCGACGAGGGGGAAGAGAUUCAACAGCAAUUUCCACAAGUGGAUCUCAAAUUCGUGCUGAUGUGCAAAGGCACGGAAAGGCACCGAGUGCCAGCACCAGAGCAUGCCAGAGAUGAAAUCCCUCUGCGCAAAACACUUCUGGUCUGCAGAAGCACUGGGAACAUCAGGGAUCUUGGAAACUUUGAAGAGUGGCAGCACCUCUCCAAGGCAAAACAGGUUCGUAAGUCUGGUCCAGCACGUGUUUCCAUGAGUGUUUUCGGUAAGAGGUCCUUGAUUGGUGGGUCCAGCGGUUCUCAUGGAAUUUCUCCUGAGGAGAGUGAUGCGCCAAUGGAACCUCAAGAAGAUCCCGGGGCUCCAAGUUCAAUGAAUGUCCCUGCAGAAUUCCAAGUAGAAAAGACUGAUAACACAUGGUCCAAGGAGGUUGGGGAAUUGCCCAUAGCUGGAUGGCCACCGAAAAUCACUCCAGUGCAUGGUCCUGCAUUUCGCUCAUUGGCGCCAGAGCAGAAGGCAGAUUUAAGAAGGUUGCACCAAAAUUUGGGACAUCCAGAUCCGGCAAGACUCCAUCGGCUCCUGACCGAUCAAGGUGCCGAUCCUGCAGUAAUUGCAGGUGCUCUAGACAUGCAGUGUGAUGUUUGCCUCGAGCACAUCUGCUUGCUGAAAGUCCGACCCCCGAAGGACUCCAUUUUCGGGAAAGUUUACAGCGCAGAGAGCAGGCGUAGUCGUCCAGGGUCAAUUGAAUUCGAAGCCGGUGAUUGGGUGCUGUACUGGAAGCGAGUGAGAGGGAACAUUCGUCAUGAACGAGGUCGCUGGUAUGGUCCAGCACAAGUGAUCACAGUUGAGAAAAACAAGGUUUUCGAUCUGUCAUCGGACACUGAUGUGACAGAUGGCCAAUUAGCUGAGUGCAUUUUGAUUGCCACCACUGCCAAAAGGCAGAGGGUUGAAGUUCAGUGGCGGAACCUUAGCGAUUCUGACAAGGAGCUGUUCAGACAGGCCAAAGAAAAAGAGGUCAAUGCCUGGAUCAGCCAUGGUACAGUGCGAAAGCUGGCUAAGGGCACCCUUCCUGAAAAUAGAAUAAUGCGAUGCCGCUGGAUUUUAACCUGGAAAGAUCCUCUUCCUGGCACCUCACAGCAGAGGGCAAAAGCAAGACUUGUCAUCUUAGGUUUUGAGGACCCAGACAUCAACAGUGUUCCAAAUGAUGCUCCUACUUUGAGUAAAGAUGGCAAACAACUUCUGCUGCAGAAGGUUGCAAGUGCGAAGUGGCCUUUGCUGAAUUUCGAUGUCUCUACGGCUUUUCUAAAGGGUGCAGGUGACGGCCGUGCCCUGGGUAUCCAUGCGCCCAAAGAAGUAGCUUCUGCUUUGGAUAUGAAGGAAAAUGAACAGUGUGGACUUGUUGGUGGAGCCUAUGGGAGAAUUGAUGCACCAUUUUUGUGGUACCAGUCCUUUCGAGAGACAUUGGAAGAACUAGGCUUCAUGACAUGUCCGUUGGAUGGGUGCGUGUUCUCUUUAAUCACUAAGGAUACCCAAGGUAAACCCAGGGUGCGCGGUGUGCUCGGGAUCCACGUCGAUGAUGGAAUUGGAGGUGGGGAUGAGUAUUUUAUGAAAACGAUUGAUCGUCUUAGGGAGAAGUACUCGUUUGGAGCAUUCAAUAUUGGGGAGUUUGACUUUUGUGGAAUACACUAUAGUCAGUGGAGGGAUGGAAGUAUUGAAAUGAGUCAGAAGAAGUACAUAGAGAGGAUUGAUCCAAUCCAAGUGGAACGUCAUCGACGUAAGGAACCUCAAGCACCUGUGAAUGAAAUGGAGAGACAAUUUCUCCGGCAGCUGUGUGGAUCCCUUCAGUAUGCGGCGGUACAAACCCGACCGGACAUCAGUGCCAAGGUCGGAAUUUUGCAGUCCCAAAUACCCAAAGCAUGUAUAGAAGACCUCUUGGAAGCCAAUCGUGUUUUGUUGGAGGCCAAAAAGAAUCCAGUCAAUUUGGUGAUUGUUCCUAUUAGAGAGGACCAGGUUUCGUUUUGUGCUUUUUCAGAUGCCUCUUUUGAGACAAAACGGGGUUCUGCAUCCAGGACCUCCACACCGGUCUGUGAAGAGUUUCGAACGACCAUAGAGUGUCUUUUGAUUAGGGAAAGACUGACGGAAAACUGCAAGCUGCGUUGGGUGUGCAGUCAAGCCAUGUUAGCAGACUGCCUCACGAAAGCCAUGGGCAGUGGGGUAUUGCGUCGUGCGAUUGCUUUGGGGAAGUACUCACUGUUUGAUGAAUUGGAUAUCCUCAAGCAGCGUGCUGACAAGAAAGAACGCUUGAAAUGGCUCUCAGAGCAGGAAUCCAGGAUCAAAGUUGACACGAACUCCUUGGCCUCGCCAAUCAUGGCUUCAGUUGAGGUGGGUGGGAGCGGACAACUUGAGCAACAGGUCAAAAGGGGCUACAGCGGUUGUGAGACAGGGCUUUGGCUGGUGGGCUUGGGCUUGCUACUGGUACAGCCUUGCAAGAUUGUGGUUGAUUCUUGCAUAUAA